GCCGCUGUUCCGGGAAGUCAACAAGGCUACAGCAUGACUCCGGGACUGACACGAUUCGUCGCAGCACUCUGCCUGAUAUUUCUCUGCGGGGUCUCGCCGGUGGAGGCUUACGAUGCCGGGGACGUUCUGGCGCUGCUGCUGGGCACCGUGCUGACCGUGGUGGGGGUCUGCGUCUGCCUCGGCUGGUACUCCCGGAGGCGGGCCGAUCGGCUGUGAGGAAGCGGCUCCUCCCGGGCGUCACGUCCAUCAUGGAGCCCUCCGCGGAGUUUGGAACCUCCACAGACGGGAGUCAGAACUUUUCUGUCUACAGACGGGGGUAAAUCGCCGUCGACAUCAGUCACGUGACCCGCGGCGGAGUACGGAAGUUCCUGCGAAGCUGACUGAACUUUUAACAUCCGCGACGAAACCAAAGCCCAAAUGUCACAGCACGUCUAUCACGCUUUUUUGUGUAAUGAAAGAGCAAUAUACUCACCACAAUAAACAAAUAUGACGCACGCAAACGUUUGCUGAUGUUCUGAAUUGUGCCAACUGUUUCUGCAGUUCAGAAACUACGUUAUUCAUAACAUUGGUUUAGAUUUUCACUUGGAUGAACAUGUCAAUUUGAAUAAAUGUAGUUUAGGACUUCCCAGUUAGUUGUUGAUAUUUGUGUUAAAAAUGACAUGCGUUAAUUGUUAAGCAGUAAGAAAGUUGCUGGUUCAAUUCAGCUCAUUUCAGCUUAUGGUUUCCAGUGAACCUCUGUCCUGUCUGUGUGGCAUUGGUUUGUUCUUCCCUGUCUUGUUUCUUCUGAGCACUCUGGUUUCUUCCCACUAUCCAAAAGCAUUCAGAGAGAGGUCACUCUCAGUCUGGCUCUCUCUGUGUGUGUACGGUGUCAACACAAGAUUAUGAAUUAGGAUAAAGAUUCAUUCGAACACAUUUUGUCUUGAACAAACGUGACCCUCUGAUGCUGUGUAACUUUACCCAACAUAAAAGGUCACUUCAAGUUUACACUUUUACACUUAAAAGACUGAGAGUCUGCCUCUUUGCUUUUCAUCAGCAGCUUAACCCCGAGGAUAAAUCUGUCCCGCUCCGCACCACUUCUCUCAUUC